AUGCCGGCCCCUUACUCAGAUAAUCUCUACUCUGAGGCAGAGGAAAACAGAAGCGACGCAGGAGCUGACGAUGCCCUGUCGCCGGCCGAUGGAUACUUCCGCGCGUCCUCGGCAUUUGGCGAUGCAUUAGCUUCCCCAGUGUCUCCCCGCACAAGCUCCAACGUGCCGUUUGUCCCCAACGUCCUCGUACAGGAUCCGACCCUGCAGCAGCAGCAAGCCUCUGUUGCACAAGACAAGGCGCAAGAAGCGGAGCGAGAACGCAUGUUAAAUACGGCCCAAGGGCACACGCAACCAUCCACGACUUCUUCUCCCCCACCGCAAUCCUCCUCUAUACCGUCCACUCUCCCAUUCCCGCUAGCCGGCCCUUCAGAGUCUGCCCAAAACUACCAUCAUCGUCGCAGCGUUGAACAAGACGCAGCGCACUCCGCCUCCCUCUACCCACAGCUCCCUGUUGGAGACAGACGUCCGCUCUUGCAGCACGACGCUGACGCACCUCCUGCGUAUACCCCAACGUCACCGACUACUGCUCCUACUAGUUAUCAGACCUUCCCGCCCUCCAACACAGUAUCAACAAUGGGCAACCCUGAAGAGCAACCCUUCCUCCCAAACAACACUCAAUACCCUGGCCAACCACCUGAAGGAUACAAGCCCCCCUUGUGGAUGCGCCUGCAAGAACGUGGUAAAUCAUCCAAGCUUAGAAAGUUUAUCAAGACUGUGCUCGGCAUCUUGGUCAUCGUAUCCAUCAUUCUAGCUCUGACCGGCGUCAACGUUGAUUGGGGCUCAAAGAGACGAGCUCCUCCUGCAUUUGGCAACGACCCUGUUAAGCCUCCACCAAUGGAUAAUCCCGACUUUGAAUGGAGCCCUACCAACGGCUGCCUCAACACCAAGCCCAGCGCGCGUGUGUUUGGAUGGGACCUUGACUUUGAUCUUGACAAGACCAUUCACAUUGGCCAGGAAAUUGAGCGCAACCACGGACGCCAAAUCGGUCCCAACCCGCGUGUCUCUGGUGAGAUUGUUGUCCGACCUGCUGGAAAGGAUGGGAGUGCCAGAGUGGAGGUUGCCAUGUUUUCCAACGAAAACGUAUUUGGCUCGGAUGUUUCAUUCUAUAACAACGGUGGAGACCAGGAACUCAAAGUCAUUACGCCGCGCUGGGUAACUUGGUCGGACAGCAAUAACGGACCAUGCAUCCAGGUCCACAUCACUGUUUAUGUUCCCAAUGAGUCCGUCUUGAGACAACUGCAUCUUUCGUCUGUGCAGCUCGACGUUACCUUUGCGGAUGGAUUGGUGCUUGGCUUGGGAGAUUUCGCUACGGUGGAAACUGUCUCCGGUGACGUUACAACCUCCAGCAAGGAGAAGAACACAAACCCCCACGAAAUCGCUUCCCGCAAGAUCCAGAUCAGCACUGUCAGCGGCGACGUCAGAGGCUGGUUCCCUCUCUACGAUCUCCUGCAGGUCGAGACGGCCUCUGGCGACGUUCGUUUGGAUGUUUCGCCCAAGGAAGCUAGCAAGGACCACGUUGAGUCUGCUAAGCUCACUAUUGAGACCGUUUCAGGCGAUAUUUAUGUCAAGGAAGAGGGAUUCGACGAGGCUGGUCAGGGUAAGGUGCCUCUUCGUGAUUACGUUGUGCGCCUGCAUUCUGCCUCGGGAGAAAUCAGACCAAACAUCUUUAUUGGUAGCAGCACCACAUUGGAGACGAUAUCUGGUGACAUGUCUGCCCGCGUUGUACCUGUUCUCGACAAGAAGUGGACUACAGAGUCGUCUCGACCGAGGCUUGACACAGAGAGCAAGAGUGGUGAUAUUAGACUUGAGAUUGCUGAACCCAUCAUCAGCGGCCUGCCAAAGGCAAAGGCCAACAAACAAGAGGUAGUUGAUGUCGUUACUGAUGCUAGUGAUGACAAGACUCUCAAGGGUCUCACCAAUUUCAGAACAGUCCAUAACACCAUUAGUGGCAACAUGCAGCUACGCUUCCCUGGUUCAUGGGAAGGUGUCCUGACUGCCGAAGGCAUGUCGUCGAAUCUACGCGUUCGUGGCAAGGGAGUUAGCGUUACGAGAAAGGGAGGAUUCGUCGGCAAGGAGCUGCGAGCAACCAAGGGUACCGGCAACUCCGUCACCAAGAUUGGCAGCCUGUCUGGCGAUGUCGACGUUCUUAUUGGCUCCGAGUAA